UUCAUUCCAUCGGCUGAAGAAAAGAUAAAAGUGAGUCGGUUGGCUUAGCUUGCAUAGCCACCCUCAAGUUCUCUUCUCUGUCCUUUGCCUGCCUCCACAGCCAACAAACUAUCUGGCUCCUCGUAUUGGUAAUACUUUGAUAAAGUAGACAUGGAAGCUAUAGCAGUUGAACUAGAUGAUGAUGUCUUCUUUGCCGACAUAAGCAAGCGAAUCUCUCUGCUGAUUAUGGAUGAUGAAGAAGACCUGCUGGCUCAUUCUCCUGCAGUUUCUCUUCAGGCCUUCUCUCAAUCAAUCCAUCAAACCCCACAAGCACUAUUUGGAUAUGAGCAAGCUAUCAGAAGAGAAAGCAAAGGAACGGGAGUUUUCAUACCACGUUCAUCCCAACCAAGACGAAAGAACAGGCAAGGAAGACACUCAAACACUUCAUCCAACUCCAAGUUCCAGAGGAACCAUGAAAAUCCAAGAGGGCAUGCUCAAGUUGCUCAUACUGAUAAAGCAGCUUAUGAUUCAUUUAACCUGAGAAGAUUUUAGAAGCAACAGUAACAUCAAUCUAUUCGAGCUCAAGAAUUCUGUAGAUACUAAAUAAAUUCUACUACUCCAAUCAGUAAAGAGCUCCACAAGAAUAAUAUAGAAGUGUGCUUUCUGUCAGGAGACGUGUUGUACUAUACUUACCUUUACAAAGUUAGGAAACUCUACUACUACUAGAAGCAUUGAAUAUUAAUGUGUUAGUGAGGAUUUUAAUUCUGCAGCAAAGGGUAUUCAUGUAUAAGGGGGUAUAUUUGUAUUCAUGGCUUUUAGCCUAAAGGCAGGCUUCAACCAUAGGCAGGUUGCCUCGCCUCACCUGUAGUGGAAUUUUACGGUGUUUAUCAAGCUUGACCUUCAUGUUAGAAAAGCUAUAAUGAUUCUUUUGUUUCUUUUCC